CCCUGCUUCAAUCUCGAUUAACCAAUCUCUAGAUCCGUAAUGCAGCUGAAUAUUUAGGCUCCCUCGAUUUGAAAUUCAACGACUUUUUUUUAAUUAUUAUUUUUAUUUACGGAGGAGAUUUUCAGUGGAAAAAAAAUAAGCUAGAGAAGAAGAGAUAUCGUGGCUGAAGAUUCUCCAUUGGUCGGCGUUAUUGCUUGCUUCCGACAUAAGCACCCUUCAGAUCCGGACAGAGGUGAUCCCCAUUAAUGCACAACCAAUCAAGCUUUUUGAGCUUUAGUUUUGUUGUUGCUAUCUUACACGAAAUUAAGAAUUCACAAGUGCUUCACUUUCCUUUUGGGUCUGGUGAUAAGAGUCUUACUGGGUGAGACUGUUCAGAUUUUUGAGUAAUGUCGAGACUGGCAAAAUGGAAGCUUGAGAAAGCCAAAGUCAAAGUGGUCUUUCGGUUGCAGUUUCAUGCUACCCAUGUUCCACCAGCAGGAUGGGACAAACUAUUCAUAUCUUUCAUUCCUGCUGACUCUGUAAAAGCUACAGCAAAGACAACAAAAGCGCUUGUGAGAAAUGGAACUUGCAAGUGGGGGGAUCCGAUCUAUGAAACUACAAGGCUGCUUCAGGAUACAAGGACCAAACAAUUUGAUGAAAAACUGUAUAAGAUUGUUGUGGCUAUGGGUACUUCUAGAUCUAGUAUCCUUGGAGAGGCCAUGAUCAACCUUGCUGAAUAUGCUGAUGCGUUAAAACCUUUUUCGGUGGUAUUGCCCUUGCAAGGUUGUGAUUCAGGAGCUAUCUUACAUGUCACUGUACAGCUGUUAACUUCAAAAACUGGUUUCAGAGAGUUCGAGCAGCAGAGAGAACUCAGGGAGAAGGGACCCUCAACGACCCCUGAUCACAGCAGUCCUGACGAAUCUUCUCGUUGCAGAACUUCACCAUCUGAUGAGACACUUACUCAUGUUGAUAAGACAAAUAUAAGAGGGAGUUUCAAAGAAAAGUUCCGAGAUGAUUCUUUAGUGGAAGAAGCUGUGGAGCCAAAUUACCCUGACUUGGCAUUGGGAUUUGAUGUCUCUUCAAACACAUCAGGAAGCCUCAAUGCAGAAAAACAUGAUAUAUCCAGCACAAAUGAAAUUGACAGCCUCAAAAGUAUGGUAUCUGGAGAUCUGAAUGGACUUGCUCAGAGCCCGCAGACAGAGAAAGACGGUCGCGAGUGGCAUCAUGGCUGGGGUUCAGACUAUCUUGGUAAGCAUAGCGAUUUAGGCAAUGCGAAGCAUAGCGAUUUGGGCAAUGCGAUGGAAGAGAAUAUCAAGCUCAAAGGUUUCGUGGAAGACAUGGAAUCAUCAAUUAAUGAGAUUAAAAUUGAAGUGAGUUCGAUGCAGUGUCAUGCAGAUGAUAUAGGUUCCAAAGCUCAAGAAUUUUCUCAAAUACUUAUUUCAGAGAUUGGUUCUGGGGAUCAAUUGGUCAGAGAAGUAUCUGUGUUGAAAUCAGAGUGCUCAAAAUUAAAAGAAGAGAUGGAGCGCUUACGUGACGUCAAAACACACGUUCUGUAUAAUAGCAAAGACCAAGAUAAUGUUUCCCACAAUCUUCAACUAAGAUGGCUGCAGGGUCUCUUAGUUGUAGAGGAAAACAUUAGAGAAAUUCAAAACAAAGUUUGCUAUAGCUACCAUGACAGGGACUUAAGAUUGUUCCUCUCAGACUUUGAGUCUCUGCUUGGAGUUCUACUGGAUUUUAAAAGGCAGAUUGGACAGCCUAUAUCUCACCUCAGCACAGCACCAUCUGAGAAAUUCGUCGCGGCCGAUAAGAAAGAGAGACGCGUGUCGAACGCCGAGCAGUUUGUAUCAGGUUCUGAGUUGGACACUGAUAUUUAUCAACCAGAACUUGAUCCACUUCAAUAUCUUGGUAUGCCUGAUCUUGCUUCUCGUGAACUCAAUUCAGCAGAUUCUGUAAAUGCCAUGAGAGAUAAAAUACUCGAGCUUGUACGAGGGCUGGACGAGUCUAAAGCUGAACGUGAUAGCCUUACCAAGAAAAUGGAUCAGAUGGAAUGUUAUUACGAAUCUCUGGUCCAGGAGCUUGAGGAAACUCAAAGGCAGUUGCUAGUAGAGUUACAGAAUCUAAGGACUGAACAUUCCACGUGCCUCUACAGUAUCUCUGGCGCUAAGGCUGAGAUGGAUACGUUGCGCCAAGAUAUGAAUGAGCAAACACUAAGAUUUUCUGAGGAGAAGAAAACUUUGGAUUCUUUGAAUGAAGAACUGGAUAAACGAGCUAUGGUUGCAGAGGCAGCACUUAAAAGGGCCCGCUUAAAUUAUUCAAUUGCUGUCAACCAUUUGCAGAAGGAUCUUGAAUUGCUUUCCUCACAGGUUGUAUCUAUGUUUGAGACCAAUGAAAACCUCAUUAAGCAAGCUUUUCCAGACCCUCUGCAAAGCUUUCACGAAUGCAAUCAGUCGACAGAUGAUUCAAAGCCUGAGAAACAGGACACUCGUGAUGUAAAUCUCACAGAGUUUCGGAAUGAGAAAAAAGGGAUGAAAGAACGGCCCUUAAAGGGCGAUAUUCUUCUAGAAAAUUUGAAGAGAUCUCUUCAUGUGCAAGAAGGCCUGUAUCAAAAAGUUGAAGAAGAACUCUAUGAGAUGCACUCGAGGAACUUAUAUCUGGAUAUAUUCUCGAACAUUCUACAGGAAACUUUUCUUGAAGCAAGUGUUGACAUAAGGAGCAUGAAAGCGAAAAUUGAUGAACUUGGAUGGCAGCUGGAGCUUUCAACAGAGGCUAAGGAAAUGUUGAAGCAGAGACUGGAUAUUACUUUGGACGAGGUUUGCUCCCUGAAUGAGGAGAAAACUACAUGCAUUGCCAAAUGGAAUGCUCUAGCUGUGCAUAAUCAAAGUUUAGAGGCAAAUUUGCAGAAUAUUACUCACGAAAACCUCAUCCUUCUACAAAAGAUUGAUGAACUGGAAUCUGUAGUGUUGGAGUCCCAGAAUUGGAAAACAAAAUAUGAGACAUGCAUUUGUGAGAAAAAAGAGCUUGCAGAGCUUAUUGAGAAAGAAGCGCUGGAAAAUGUUCAUCUUCAGAAACGGUUUGCUACCAUGCAGGCCGAGUUUGAUGCUCUAAAAGGUAAGUUUGAUGAUCUGGCUACCGCAAAUGGAAGUCUGCAGAAGAACUUCAGUAGUCUGAAGGAUAAGUUGAUGAACACAUUAGGCUGCUACAAGGAAAAGCUCAUUUCGUUGCCUCUGUGGGAAGGGGGAGUGGAUCUUGAUUUGGAGUCCCGUGAUUUAAUAGAGCAGCUUGAUAGAUUCUUGUGUAAGAUAUGUGAAAAAAGUUUUGUACUUAUGAAAGAGAAUAAAGAUCUGAUGCAAGAAAAAUCCAAGACAGAGUUUUCUUUGAGGGCUGCAGAGUCUGAUAUUACGAAGCUCAAGCAGAAGCAUGAGAAUGAUGUACAAUGUUUGGUCACUAAACUAGAAGCUUCCACUGCCCGCCUCCAGAAACUUCAAUUGGAAACUGAGUCUAUCAUGGACAAAAUGAAGGUUAUUACCGAAGCUGAACUAAAGUAUGAUAGCUGUGAAAAGGACUUUGUUUCUCGCCUUGAUUAUAUUGAGAAUGAGAUUCAUCUACUUGUGGCUAAAAAUGAGGCGCUUGGUCAAGAGAUUUCAGAAUUAAGCUCUGUAACUGUUGAACAUGGAAAAACCAAGCUGCUUGUGGAAGAACUGGCUGAGGAAAAAAAAGGUCUUCUGGUUUCUCUUCUGGAUAAAUCCCAGGAAAAUUUGAGUCUUGUGCGUGAGCUUGAGAAUUUAAGGACCACAUUUGAUCAAGAGUUGAGACUUGAACGAAGCUCAAGGCAGGAACUAGAAAAUAAAAUGCAAGAUCUUACUUCUAAGUUGAUUGCGAAAAGUUCCAAAUUGCUGAGAGUUGAUGAGCAAAGCUCUGAGUUGGUCCAUCUCAAGCAAAUGGUUUCCGAUUUGGAGCUGGAGAAGGCAAAUCACACUCUUCUAUUAACAGGAUAUGAAAAAUCUCUGAGAAGCUUGAAUCGUGAUUCAUCAGAUAAUUUUGAUCUGGAAUCUCAGUUACUUGAAAUGAUGGAAUUUUCAAUAGCAGCAGAUAUCCAGAUUGUUUUCACAAGAACUGAGUGGGAGACUUAUGCUGAGGAGCACCACAAGGAAUAUUUUGAGGUAUUGACUGCACUCAAUGGCUCUCGUAGUGUUGGAGCUCAGUAUAUGGAUGAGAAUAUAAAGCUGUUGACAGAUAUUGACUCCGUAAGAUCAGAAUUGAAAGUUGAGAGAAGUUUGCGAAACAAAUUAGACAGCAGAAUUGAAGAACUUGCUUCUGAGUUAGAUGAAAAGCAUUUGCUGUUGGAGAACCUUGAUUUUCAGAAAUCUCAAGUGAAACUGUUAAAAAAGAUGGUAGCUGAACUAGAAUUGGAUAAGUCUUUUCAAAGUUCGGAGUAUGUUAGAAAUGCUCAUCGGGAGUCUUCUUUUAUUGAAGAAUUGUUUCAAUGUCUAAUAGCUGCAGAUGUUCAGCAUAUUUUUACAAAAAUCCAGUCUGAGACCUAUAUCAGUGACCUUGCAGAACAACUUACCUGCUGCUCCAAGAGCCAUCUUGAGUUUCAAAAGAAGCACUCUGAUGUGGAAUCUGCCCUCAACCAUUGUCUGGUCAACGAAAAGCGGUAUAUGGAGGAAAACAGUCAACUAUUGGUUAGUCUUGAAGUCUUGAAGUCUGAGCUAGAGUCUUCAAUGGCUAAAAGUAGAGCUCUUGCUGAUAGAAAUGAUGAAAUGUCAGUUGAGCUUGAAGAGUACACAACUCGAGAUGAGAAUGCAGAAAGAAGUUACUCUGAGAGAAGCAUAUGUGCUCAUGAGCUUGAACAAUUGAAAUCUCUGUUGGUUAGGCAUGAAGAAGAAAUAGAAAAUUUGACGGUAUUAAAGGCUGAGGCGGAAAUUAUAGCCGAGGUACUAAAAGAUAAACUAGCUGAGCUGAGUGGAAAAGGUGCCAGUGAGGUUGAGACAUUGAAAAAUAGGUGCGGUGAUCUUACUCAAAAGCUCUCUGAGCAGAUUUUGAAAACAGAAGAGUUCAAAAGCUUGUCCGUCCAUUUGAAAGAGCUUAAGGACAAUGCUGAAGCUGAAUGCACUCGUGCCCGUGAAAAGACGGACUAUAAAGCCCCUUUAACUCCACAGCAGGAGUCGUUGCGAAUCAUUUUCAUCAAAGAGCAAUAUGAAACCAAGCUGCAGGAACUUCAACAUCAACUGACCAUGUCCAAGAAGUAUGGCGAGGAAAUUUUGAUGAAAUUACAAGAUUCCAUUGAUGAGAAUGAAGCGAGGAAGAAGGCAGAAUCCAGCCAUUUCAAAGAGCUGGGAGAUAAAAUAUUGGAACUGGAGGCUGAUCUGCAAUCUGUUAUUUAUGAUAAACGUGAGAAAACAACAGCUUAUGACAUGAUGAAGGCUGAGUUGGAUUGUUCAUUAUUAAGCCUUGAGUGCUGCAAGGAAGAAAAGCAGAAACUUGAAGCUUUUCUGCAGGAAUGCAAAGAGGAGAGACUGAGAAUGUCCAAAGAGCUUGAAUCGAUGAGAGAAUUAGUACAAAGUUGCAACUCUCAUAAAAAUAUUCAGAUGGAAGAACAUGAUAGAUUACGCACGGAGGAUGGUGUAUCGGAGUUGGGUGACAAAUAUAUAUUUGGAGCCUCGUCAGGCGACUUGGGGAACCAUGAGCAUAUGGAAGGUGCUUGUUUUGUUCCUACGGUAGGAACCAACAGUCCCAGGACGAAAAUUCAGGGUGCUAUUCAAUCGAGCGGUGUAAAUGAAAACGGUGACAGAUUAUCUUCCGGAGAAGCAACGGUGCUGGAAAAAGGUGGAGAAAGCCUAGCUUUGAUCAAUGAUGAUUUCAGAGCAGAGACUUUAAGGUCUAGCUUGGAUCACUUAAACAAUGAGCUAGAACGAAUGAAAAAUGAGAAUCUAGUUCAACCUCAAGAUGACAAUGAUGUAGACACAAGAUUUCCGGGAUUGGAACAAGAGCUGAUACAGUUGCGUCAGGCAAAGGAAGAACUUCAAAGUAUCUUCCCUCUAGCUCACGAAAAUUUCAGCUGCGGAAAUGCAUUGGAGAGGGUUCUUGCACUGGAAAUAGAACUCGCUGAAGCCUUGCGGGGAAAGAAAAAACCAUCCAUCCAUUUUCAGAGCUCUUUCUUGAAGCAACACACCGAUGACGAAGCAAUUUUCCAAAGUUUUAGAGACAUAAACGAUCUAAUCGAGGAAAUGCUAGAGACCAAAGGCCAGUAUGCAUCUGUGGAGACAGAGCUUAAGGAAAUGCAUGACCGUUACUCUCAGCUAAGCCUCAAGUUUGCAGAGGUUGAAGGAGAGAGACAAAGGCUCAUGAUGACUCUGAAGAACGUUAGGGCAUCCAAGAAAGCAAUGCUCUUAAACCGUUCAUCAUCAGCAACUCUUGGUGAACAUUAAUGCACAGAUACGUUACUAUGUACAUAUGUCCCAAGAAUGUUGAAUAAGUUCCCAAGUUCUAACAGUGGUCUCAUGUUAUAGAUAGCUUAAUAUAAAUGUUCUUUAUUCAAGAUAUGGGGUUCU